AUACUAUGUCUAAUAUUCAAUGUACAAUUUCUAACAGUGUAAAAAGUAAGGAUUCUGAUACAAAAGACAUUGAAGACAUAGACGAAGAAUCCAUCCUUGCUAAAAUUAAAAGACUUAAAAUCGAAGAGAAUCAUCUGAUGCAAGCAAUAAGAAAGCACAGCUAUUCAUUUAGAGAUGUCGACGAUGUGGCUACAGUCAGAGUGAACUACGAUUCCCAGUCGAACAAAAAUAAUCUGGAGAAAUCUAUCCGAGAAUUAAAAGAUAUGUUUGUGGAAAUAAGAAUGUGCACUAAUUCCUCGGAAAUUUUAAGGUCCAUUGACAUUCAUGAAAUAAAAACAACUAUUGUGGAAUUCGAGAAAAGAUUGAAAUCAUUCACAUUAAAUUUACGUUCGGAAAUGGUUGAAAUAAAAAAUGAUGAAAACCAAAUACUAGCAGAGAUGAAACAAAAUUCAAAUAUAACGAACAAGAUCAGAAUCCCAAAAUCGCAUCUACAUUCCGCGACUUAUAAAGACAUAGUUCCCAGUCCUGUUAAAUUGUUCAUGAAUUCGCCGUUCAAAUGUCCGGCCGUUCAAGAGUUCCAAGAAUUUAUUGCAAACAGUAAAAAUCGUCAUGGUGGCUGGAAUGAAUAUUAUCACAACGUUUUUGUCAAAACAUGGAUGAAAUAUUUUAGGUUAAAUUCCGUUGAUGAUUUUGAUAUGUUCGUAUCAAGUCUAGAAUCUUCGGAAUAUUUCAAUGAUUUUCUUUUUGAACUACAAGAAAAAUUGCAAGUUUUCAAAAUGGAUGACUUAAUAUCUCACUUUAAAUGGUACGCCAAGUUUGUUUACUUGAAAGAAAAUCAACAAAAAGCUAUUAAUAAAUGGAAAACAAAGAGGAAUUUGGUGAAGCAAUCAUCAAAGAUGGAGUUUGAUAAACGUGCCCAAAUCGAUUUACAACGAUGCACAAGUGCGCGUGAAAAUUCAGACACAAUAAUCGACGAAGGCAACAGAUGGGAUCUCGUUAAAGAAUCUAUGGAUUCAAUUAUGCGAGAACCGGAAAAUUCGAAUAGAUUACAUAAAGAUGAAAAUACGAGCGUUACUGACUCAGUGGCUAAUUUGUUCAAUAAGGAACGUAAACUGAAUGAUUAUCGGAGACCCACUGCACAAUGGAUCAAUAGAUGUAAGACCACCGAAGAAAAACAGAAUUGUUUCAAUAAUGAAACAGCCUUAGAAACGAUAAGUAAAAGGGGCGUGCCUUCCUGGAGAACCAAUUUGUAAUGCCUAAAUAGUAAAUUAUAAAUAAGCAACAUUUAAUGAAAAUUAUAACACAAUUUCUAAUAAUUUAUGGGUUUCCCUUGUUUUUUUACCUGAUCGUCGCUUAUCGGUGUACAUAGCUUUAAACUACUUGACGUAUUUUAGACGAUAUGACUCAAAUACUGAAAUACACUAUUACGUAAGUUCCGUCACAGGGCUGUUGCAUAUGUCAUUAUGCAAGACUACGUCUGUUUACAACCGCUUGCUGGUUUUCAAAACGCCGAAAGCAAAAUUCACUUCCUAUUGAGGUAAACCAAGAACACAUGCAUAUUGAUACUGCGUAUCGAUAGAUAGAUAUGGAUAGCUGUUGAAGUACUCGAUGCUUACAGUGUUGAUCACUAAGUAAAAGUGUGGGAGUUAACGGUGAUUUGGAAAAAAAUCCUUUUGUAAAAUAAGGAAUCCAUUCACGCUAUCAGACAUGCUGGACGCUAGUCUUCAAUUGCCAGAAACAGUGGAGCAAAUUGUAGGCUACAUAGCCGGCUUUAUAAGGCGAAAACUGCAAGCGAAAAUCAACUGUCCAGAAUGCUUAUCAUUGCUACCUGUUAAUGAAAAUGUAUAUUUUCACAAUCUGAUUAAUUUGCAAGAUUUCGGUGGACUUUUAUACCCAUCUGUAGUGUUGUAUAAAAUAUGCACACGCACAGAAACACUAAUAAGACAGAUAAUAAAAAUACAUGAUAACGGAAAAUAUGUCAGUGUUUUUCUAAAAUAAUUGAUAAUGAAGAUAUUC